GAAAUGAGAGCUGCCUUGAGGAGGAGGCAUGUACCAGCCUACUAUGAUAGGGAGAUAAUGGAUAAACUCCAUAAACUCCAACAAAGGAAUAUGAGUGUUGAGGAAUAUAGACAAAAAAUGGAGUUACUCAUGUUGAGAGCUGGGAUAAGAGAAGAACCUAGGAUAACAAUAGCUAGGUUUCAAAGUGGACUUAACUAUGACAUAAGAGAUAGGGUUGAACUUAUACCAUACAAUGAUCUCAAUGAGUUAAUCCAACUUUGUGUGAGGGUUGAGCAACAACUAAAGAGGAAAAGCUCCACCAAGAAAGAUUACCCUCAUAGUUCUUACCAUAAGAAAGAGUAUAAGAGGGAGGGUAGUCAAACCAAGCCAAGAUAUGAAGACAGAGAGAGAGAGAGAGGAAAAGAAAAAGUUAAAGAACCUUCAAGAGAUCAUAAGAGUAAGGAGACUAAGUGCUUUAGAUGUGGGGAAAAAGGGCACUAUGCAUCUGAGUGCCGCAAUAGAAAGUCAACUUACAUCCUUGAGCAUGAGAGUGAAAGUGAGGGUUCUUCAUAUAGUGAGUCUGAGACAUCCACUUCUGAAGAAGAAGAAGCUUUACCUUGUGAUGGUGACUUACUUAUGGUAAGGAGACUCUUGGAAAGUAAACAUGUAGAAUUAGAACAGUCACAAAGAGAGAACCUAUUCCACACAAGAUGCAAAGUUUUAGAAAAGACAUGUUCAAUGAUAGUGGAUAGUGGCUCUUGUUGCAACUGUUGUAGUUCUAGAAUGGUAGAGAAGCUUGGCUUAACAACUACUCCUCAUCCUAAACCUUACAAACUUCAAUGGAUCAAAGAGGAUGAUGGAAUAGUAGUUAAAGAACAAGUAAGUGUACCUAUUUCCAUUGGCAAAUAUGAAGAUCAAAUUGUUUGUGAUAUAGUACCAAUGGAAGCUGGGCACAUAUUACUUGGAAGACCUUGGCAAUAUGAUAAACAAGAAUUUGAUGAUAUAUUUCCCAAAGAGGUACCAAGUGGAUUACCACCUUUAAGGGGAAUAGAACAUCAAAUAGAUUUGGUGCCUGGGGCAAGCCUACCCAAUAGGCCAGCCUAUAGAACCAACCCUAUGGAAACAAAAGAAAUAGAGAAACAAGUUAAUGACUUGUUGAACAAAGGGUGGAUCCAAAAGAGUUUAAGUCCCUGUGCUGUGCCUGUGUUGUUGGUCCCUAAAAAGGAUGGGUCUUGGAGAAUGUUGGGAAAAGAAGGUGUACAUGUUGAUCCAGAGAAGAUCAAGGCUAUACAAGAAUGGCCAACCCCUAAAAAUGUAGGAGAUGUGAGAAGUUUUCAUGGGUUAGCAAGUUUUUAUAGGAGAUUUGUGAAAGAUUUCUCCACCAUAGCUGCUCCUUUAAAUGAGCUAGUCAAGAAAGAUAUGCCUUUUAUUUGGGGUGAUAAGCAAGAGUUGUCUUUUGAGACUUUGAAACACAAGUUAACACAUGCACCUAUUCUAGUUUUGCCUGAUUUUUCCAAAGCCUUUGAACUAGAAUGUGAUGCAUCUGGGGUAGGAAUAGGAGCUGUUUUAAUACAAGGAGGACAUCCCAUAGCUUACUUUAGUGAAAAACUUAGGGGGCCUACCUUAAACUAUCCUACCUAUGACAAAGAGUUGUAUGCCCUCAUUAGAGCUUUAAAAACUUGGGAGCAUUACUUGGUAACUAGAGAAUUCAUCAUACACACUGACCAUGAAUCUCUCAAGUACAUUAAAGGGCAAGCAAAGCUAAACAAAAGACAUGCAAAGUGGGUGGAAUAUCUUGAGCAAUUUCCCUAUGUCAUCAAACACAAAAAGGGAAGUACUAAUGUUGUUGCGGAUGCUUUAUCUAGAAGACAUGCAUUAUUAGGGUAUCUUUUUAAUAAAGGAAAACUUUGUAUACCCCAAGGAUCCAUUAGAAAACUUCUUAUCAAAGAGAGUCAUGGAGGAGGACUCAUGGGCCAUCAUGGAGUUGAUAAAACUCUAAACAUUUUGAAAAGUAAAUUUUAUUGGCCACACAUGAGAAUAGAUGUUCAAAGACAUUGUUCUAAAUGUAUAGCUUGUUUACAAGCUAAGUCCAAAAUUAUGCCUCAUGGACUCUAUACACCUCUUCCUAUAGCUAAUACCCCUUGGGAGGACAUAAGCAUGGACUUUGUCUUAGGAUUGCCAAGAACUCAAAGGGGGUAUGAUUCUAUAUUUGUGGUAGUAGAUCGUUUUAGUAAAAUGGCUCAUUUUAUACCCUGCCACAAAGUAGAUGAUGCUAGCUAUAUCUCUAGACUCUUCUUUAAAGAAAUAGUGAGAUUGCAUGGCUUACCCAAAACUAUAGUGUCUGAUAGAGAUGUGAAGUUUCUAAGCCAUUUUUGGAAAACUUUAUGGGAAAAGCUUGGAACUAAACUUCUAUUUUCUACUACAUGUCACCCACAAACUGAUGGGCAAACUGAAGUAGUAAAUAGAUCUUUAUCUACAUUAUUAAGGGUAAUAUUAAGAGGAAAUAACAAAUCUUGGGAUGAACAUCUACCUCAUAUUGAAUUUGCUUAUAAUAGAGUAGUCCACAAGACUACUAAUCUUUCUCCUUUUGAGGUUGUUUAUGGUUUUAACCCUAUCACACCUCUUGAUUUACUACCUCUUCCCCUAGUUUGGCUUCAUUUGAGAAAGGAAAGAUUUCCCUCUCAAAGGAAAUCCAAACUUAGUCCAAGAGGAGAUGGUCCAUUCAAGGUGGUCAAAAAGAUAAAUGAUAAUGCAUACAUAUUA